UAAAAGGUCCCUUUUUGGAGAUAAUACAACUUCAUACAAUCGAUAAAAGCCUGCCAGAGGAGCACGGACAUUUUGCGAGAUGUUGGGGGUGGGGAAUAUGAGUAUUACCAUUCAGAAACAGAUAUGAUCAGAACUGAUGCAACAGGGAAGAAAAUUACGGGCUUGUGCGAUUGAGGAAAACGCGGCGACCCGUCAGUAAACAGCGUCUAGCUCCCUCACCCACACAUCCCUUCCUUCGAGUUGACAAGGGGCAGGACAUCCCAGUGAACUGACGAAUAUCAUCGAUUCAAACAGCUAGGUCCAAAAAUCAUGCCCGGCACAUGAACUUUUAGGACAUGUUGUUUGAAACGGCGUGCCGAUUCGAAGCUGUGAGUGUGUAUGCUCAACCAGAUGUUGAAGGCACUGAGAAACAUCAGUCCAGAGCACUGAAGACCCGGAGUGCUGGCAGAGAGACAGGGAGAGAGAAAGAGGAGGAGGGGACACUUUGCUGGUCUCCCAGUCAAGGGCUGGAGCGGAACACGUUACAUUCAUUUAUUUCAGGCUUGGUUCGGCUGUGAGGGCAGCGUUUACACCAGAGAGACGGUGGAUGUACAAUGUGCAGGAAAAUCGGUCCUUUUAAAUGGAUAAGCCGCUUUAAUGAGUCACUGAAAGUGGAGACCUGUCUGAUGAAUCCUGCAAGUGUACUGGAGCCAUAGUUGCCGUGCCAUCGGAAGUGUGGAAUAUACGGAAAUUAUAAAACAUCUAAUACAAGGGGGUUGUGUUUUUAAAAAAUAUUUAUCAACACUAAUACUCCAUCAGCCCGACUCUGUACUCCACGACCAUGCUGUAUUUCCAGAUGGUUAUAAUGGCUGGGACCGUUAUGUUAGCAUAUUACUUCGAAUACACUGACACUUUCAGUGUCCACAUCCAGGGAUUUUUCUGCCAUGACGACACUUACACCAAGCCCUACCCGGGACCCGAUGAGGCCAGUGCCAUUCCGCCAGUUCUCCUCUAUUCUCUCGUCGCUGGGGUCCCCCCUGUGAUGAUAAUCGUGGGAGAAGUGGCUGUAUUUUUACUUCAAUCAGCUUCUAAAGAGUUUGGAAAUCGUGAGAAGGCAAUAAUAACCGGAGACUGUUGUUACAUCAAUCCGCUGGUGCGCAGAACAGUCAGGUUCCUUGGGGUUUAUGCAUUUGGACUUUUUGCUACUGAUAUUUUUGUAAAUGCUGGACAAGUGGUGACGGGAAAUCUAGCGCCCCACUUUCUCACAGUGUGUAAACCCAAUUACACAGCUCUGGGAUGUCAUCAUGAACCCGUGCAAUUCAUCAACAGUGAAGAAGCCUGCACAGGCAACAUAGAUGCCAUAACAAAAGCCAGGAAGACCUUCCCGUCCAAAGAGGCAGCUUUAAGUGUGUAUGCAGCAGUAUACCUGGCUAUGUAUAUUACAUGUACUGUGAAGACAACUGGAACAAGACUUGCAAAACCUCUCCUCUGUUUGGGUCUGAUGUGUUUGGCAUUUCUGACUGGAAUAAACAGGGUAGCAGAAUACCGAAAUCACUGGUCAGAUGUUGUGGCAGGAUUCAUCAUAGGAACAGCUGUAGGAGUAUUUUUGGUUGCAUGUGUGGUACAUAAUUUUAAGGGAAGACACACUGUAAAUGAAAAUCUACCAACCGGCAGCAUGACAGAUAUGUCUCUGAUCACCCAAUCACGUAUGGAAAGUCCAUUAGGAAAAUUAAGUGCAAUACAGAAUCAUGUAUUUGCAGAAGUCACAUGAUCAUCAACAGGAGGUUUGUCCUAUUCUUUGGGCAUCUUUAUUAUUUAUUGUUCAACGAUCACAUUUGGAAUGAAAUCCAAGACGCAGUCUCACUUAAUAAGACACAUA